CUUAGUGAGCGACACAGAAAUGUCUUCAUCAACAGUAGAGUCUGGAUUUUUGGACCAGUCUCUCAGUGAAUGGGUAACUCAAAACAGUGAAACUCAGAUACUCAUAUCAACUAGCACUGGGUCAUUUAAAGGCAUAUAUGACACAUUAGCUAUUGUGUCAGAAUCAGCAGAACUCUCUGAAGUGUCUACCCAACAAGAAGACUCUGAAUUUCAGGACACAUUGAUGGAGGAAGUAGCCGAGACGGGGCAAUCGUAUCUGAAAGAGGAGGAAUCGAUCGCCGAGACAGGAUUUCACCCUGAUUCAGGAGUCCUGUCACCAGAGCCCAGACAUCUGACUCAGGAAUCAAAAAAAUCCCCCGAACAAAAGGUUGAAUCUGUGGAGACUGAAACUGGAUCACAGAAAGAGAUCGAUGCUGAGGUGUCCGACUGGAAAGACGCCGAAGAAGCAGACGCUAAGUCCCUGACAGAAAUGAGUCCUUCAUUCAAGGUCGAGGAAACAAAAGCUGAAGAUGAGCCUCUUGAGAUGACUGUGUCUGACUCUCCUGAUGAAAUCAAACGCACAGAAUCAGGAGGAUCUAGAUUUGGCGCAGAGGCGUUGUUCGAGGAUGAAAUAGUUUGCACAGAAUUUGGUUCACAAGGCAACACCUGCCCUGAAUCCGAGAGGAAGUCGCCCUCACUGGACAAACCACAGCUCUGGUGGUCCGAAGAUGUUGGAGAAUCUUUACUUGGGCUGAACAGAACUGAUGUGGCAGGACAGCCAACGACAAAGGUCCAGAAUUUCUGUUAAAAACCCUUGUGUCAGGCCACCCAAAGAUCCCCGCUCCCUUCUUCAUAUCCCCUCAUUGGAUCCCAC